AAAGGUCUAAAGUUUUUGAUAACGUUUGAGUAUUGUGCAAAUAGACGAAGAUUAUGAGUGAAGAUGAUGACUUCGGUUAGUUUGAGUCACAUAAUAUUUGUCGCGGAUAGGGAGGGGUUAUAAUUUUUCUUGCGUCUCUAACUCUUGCGUAGCAACUCAGUUGAUUUAAUCAGGUUUUACUUAAAGUGUAAACAAGUGCAGCAUUAUAGUUUACACUAUAAAACUAAUGGAUAAAGCAUUUUGCAUUAUGGAACUUUUUAUGAAAUAAAAGGGUAAGAUUCCAACCGCUAAGGAAAUGCCUAAUAGAAAUACGAAGUUGUAAAAAUUUCCAUACACUGAAUACAAAAUAGUAUUUACUUCUCGUAAUAAUAAUAGUUAAUCAAGGUGUUAGAAUGAAUGCAGCUGAAGCUCUUGAGAACACGGGUGAAGUGCUCGGCGGUAAUGCAGGUUUAUUUGACAUGAUUAGCGCGUUGUUGAUUGAAUUUCGCCAUGAGGGCGUGUUGGUCAGAAUGCAUGCAGGCGAAGCUCUUCGAAAGAUUGGUGGAAAUGCAGUUGUUGAUCAAUAG